GACAGGGGGCGCUCAUGCGCCUUCAGCUGAUGUACCUCCCGUUAAUGAAACCCAAAGAAGAAAGGAAGUUUGAGAGAGAGCCGCUGAGUUUCAGAGAUCAUCUACGAUCAGACCGAAAAAACUGUAUAAUACUGAGACGGACUUUCCUCUACAUCCUCAUGCUAUGAGUCUCAGUCUGGUCUGAUAGACAGAGGAGAUCCAGGUGAGAACCAGGUGGAGGACAUGGAUGAGCCGUUAACAGGCAGCUCUGAACCGGACAGUCCUGGAGUCAUGAACCGAGGCUGUCUGCUGGACCCGGAUGAUGUACUGUAUGAAGACCUGACUGUCAUGGUUCCUGAAACACCCAGUCCUCAGCUGGGUAAACGGAGGAGGCGUACUCGCCGCACAGAUGAACCUUUUGUUGCGGCGGCUCUCGGCGGCUCUCCAGAAGGUUCCACCAGCAGUGAGCGAGGGUUUUCACACAAGUCCAAACGCAGGCGUCUGGCAGCAGCGAUGGGCGAGCAGGGCGUCGGUUUUGUUACGGCGUCGUCUCUGAUGACUUUUCCUCUGGGCAGCUGGUAUGAGCCCCCGCUGUCCACAGCAUCCUCCUCUUCCUCUUCAUCCUCAUCGUCAGCAUCUUCGUCCUUCUCCUCCUACCUCGCACCUGCUUUGGAGAGGGCGGCGGCGUUGACUAUGGCGGGCUCUGCAGCAGGAAGCGGUCCCUCUCCUCUCCGUGAAAGGGUGAUUCAGAGUCAUUCCUCAGCGCCUCCUCCAGCAGCGACCUCUGACGACCUGUCCUUCCUCACGGCUGAGGAGAGGAGGUGGCUGAACGGCGAGCAGGGAAUCAACUCAACGGCUCCAGAGGAGAUCGUCAUCAGUGACGAUGACGAGGCUGCGGUUCGCUCUGCUCAGGUGGAGGAAGACGAGGCGUUCGCUCGAAGCCUUCAGGCCCAGUUUGACGAGGAGGAGGCAGACAGCACACACCACCACCAUCACCUUCAUCAUAGUCAUCAUCAGCAUCAUCCCACGUUUCACCCGUACGUGGAGUCUGGCUGGAUGCCCCAGCUGCUGGCCGCCGUCUCUCCUCUGGUCAGCUUUGAAGAAGAUCUGAUUGGUCAGCGCAGAAGACGUGGGCGGGGCAGACGGCGGAACGGGCUGCCUGAUUUUUCAGAGGACAAUCAGGGAGACGACUACGAGGCUCUUCUGGCCUUCGAGGAGCGUCAGGGCGCCGUUGUGUCCAAGAAGCUGAGUCGUAGGGAGAUCCAGCGGUUUCCCACCAAAUCCUACCAAUCAGCAAACAGCGGCGGGAGCACGCAGUGUCAGAUCUGUUUCAGCGACUACACUGAAGGGGAGAAGCUGAGGAUGCUGCCGUGUUUCCAUGACUACCACACUCAGUGUAUAGACCGAUGGUUAAAGGACAACACCACGUGUCCCAUCUGCAGAGCUAACCUGGCCGACGGCGGGUCCCUCGCCCCCCCACACCUCUGACAUCUGCCUCCUCAGAGCGCUGACAGCUUCCUGCUCUCAUCCCGGCGUCUGAGCCUGGCUGGCGUUCACGUUUAAAGAAAGACCACUGGAGUCAUUACUUUUAUAUUUUUAUUAUUUAAAUGUUUUUCCUCAGAACUAAAAUCAGGAAUCAAACCUUUAAAGCUGCUGGACUUUUUUGGUGUCAAGUUUUCAGUCUAAUAAAUUACAACAAAGA